AUGAAUAAAGUGCGUCUAUCACAUCGAUCACCAUUUCGUUUUCGUUUUAAAGAUGCUGUUAUUAUUGAACAAGAACCAUCAUCAUCACCACCACUGCCACCAGCUUCACGCCCAUCUCCACCUCAUCCAUCACCAAAAGAAACUAAACAAAAAAUAUCUGCACCAUCAUCAACAAAACGUCGUGGUCGAUUUAUAGAAUUAAAAAAGAUAACAAAAACAUCUUCAUCAAAUGUUACAUCAAGAAAAAUUGUUAAUGUAACACUUAUUAAUGAUACAUUAGGUUCAUCUUUAGUACGACGUACAUCAGGAUUAAAAGAUUUUAUUCAUAAAUUUGAUGUGGUACCACCAAAAUCAAAACGAGUUGUAAUAGAUAAUGUAUCCUCAACAGAAACAAAUCAAGAUGAAAAAAUAACUUCUGAUCAUUUGAUUGAUGAUCAACAACGAGCUUCAACUAAACCAAUCGGUACUCCCGAUCUAUUAAAAAAUGUUGAAAAAGAUCCACCAACAACAUUAACAAAACCAAUAUUAAGGCAUUUAGAUUCAAGUAAACAAACAGUUUCAUUUGAUUCAACAGCAAGUAUGAUUAGUGCAAGUUAA